AGGUGUCAAACGGAAAUGGCUUUUAGGCCUGUUAUUAUGGCCUUUCAGGGGGUAUCACAAUCCAAACGUUGAUUUUGCAACUACUUUUCGAAUAAUGAACCUAUCAGAUAAUUUAUCAAACUUGCUUUAGAAAAUUUUUGAGUUUAUAGAUGUUUCAAAAUACAUUCCAAAAUUUGAAAAGAAAGAAAAAAAUAUAAUGUACAUUAAAGCAAUCAAAAGUUAUCAAAGUACCAAAGGGUAUUUAACAGUCGCGACUCAUUAGUCAUCUUGUAUUGUUAAUAGGCAUGUCCUUGCUCAAUGGAAAAGUUUAAAACGCUUGGUCCAAGCUGACUUUGCUUAGUGUGAGACCAAAUCAAACCUAGUCGACAUGGAUUCCUUUCUGCAAGUUCAGAAGAGCACCAUCGCCUUGCUGGGAUUCGAUCUGUUCAGUGAAAAUCGGGAGAUGUGGAAGCGACCCUAUCGAGCCAUCAACGUAUUCGGAAUAGCAGCUAUUUUUCCCUUCAUCCUGGCAGCUGUGCUCCACAAUUGGAAGCAUGUGAUGCUGCUGGCCGAUGCCAUGGUGGCUCUAUUGAUUACCAUUCUGGGACUCUUCAAGUUCAGCAUGAUUCUCUACUUGCGCAAGGAUUUCAAGCGACUGAUUGACAAGUUUCGCUUGCUGAUGAAAGAUGAGGCGGGCCAGGGUGCGGAAUAUGCAGAAAUCCUUGAUGCAGCUAACAAACAGGAUCAACGUAUGUGUACUCUGUUCAGGAUUUGUUUUUUUCUCGCCUGGUUGUUGAAUAGUGUUUUGCCUUUUGUGAGAAUGGGUCUUGGUUAUUGGCUAGCAGGACAUGCUGAACCAGAAUUGCCUUUUCCCUGUCUUUUUCCCUGGGACAUUCACAUCCUUCGGAAUUACGCAAUGAGCUUCACUUGGAGUGCCUUUGCUUCGACUGGUGUGGUUUUGCCUGCUGUCAGUUUGGAUACUAUUUUCUGCUCCUUCACCAGCAAUCUGUGUGCCUUCUUCAAGAUUGCCCAGUACAAGGUGGUUCGAUUUCGAGGCGGAAGUCUUAAGGAAUCCCAGGCCACUUUGAACAAGGUCUUCGCUUUAUAUCAAACAAGUUUGGAUAUGUGCAGCGAUCUGAAUCUGUGCUACCAACCCAUCAUUUGUGCCCAGUUCUUCAUUUCCUCACUGCAACUCUGCAUGUUGGGCUAUCUAUUUUCUAUAACCUUUGCCCAAACGGAGGGCGUGUACUACGCCUCUUUUAUAGCCACCAUUAUCAUUCAGGCCUACAUCUACUGUUAUUGCGGGGAGAAUCUGAAGACGGAGAGUGCCAGUUUCGAGUGGGCCAUCUACGACAGUCCUUGGCACGAAAGUUUGGGAGCUGGUGGAGCCUCCACUUCGAUCUGUCGAUCCCUGCUGAUCAGCAUGAUGCGAGCCCAUCGGGGAUUUCGCAUCACUGGGUACUUUUUCGAGGCCAACAUGGAGGCAUUCUCAUCGAUUGUCCGCACGGCCAUGUCCUACAUAACAAUGUUGAGAUCCUUCUCCUAAAAAGAUAAA